GGACGCAGAGCAGUUGCGGAUCAACGACACAAGUCCACACACAGACUCAGUCAAAUGUAGAGAGAGAGGGGGGGCGAGACCGUCCGUCUACUUGAUAAUCGUGUAUUCUUCAACUAGUUCCCCCAGAGCCUCUUUCGUAAGGGGUUUGCCCUUCACAUCUGCUGCACCAGCUUCUCUGUACUGGCUCACGACGUCAGCCGUCAGAACGCCUGUGAGGCCUACGAUGGGGAUCGGUGCACUACCACUGGCCUGCAGGCAAACAUGCUGUGUCUCCAAUGCUGUGUCUUUGUUGGUUCAGACCAGCACCUGCAAGAGGGCGGUGAUUUCUCGUGUUGCAGUGAUUCCGUCCUUGAUCGGCAUGUUGUCCAUGAGGAUCAGAGAAUACCUUUCACCGGCACGGAUCCUCUCCACAGCCUGCUCAUCUGCACUGAUACAUGCCACGACUGCUGGUACUGAUCUUCGUCGGACUUGCCCACCGUCUGUCGCGAAAUGAUGGGCCAGGCCAAAUCGCUUGAGCAAGAACGACAUUCCAAACCUGGUCAGACACAAAGGGAGCUGACAGGCGUGCAUAGAGCCCCUCGACCUUGUCACCUGACGGUUUCGUUAUCCUCAACAAGCAGCACCCUCUGCAAUGCACAGUUGCCACAAGGUGCGGACCAUUUGCUCAUCGACGCACCGUUCUUCCCACCGCCGUCAAGUGCUUGGUGUCGGGACUAUCUGCGUCUGUCAUGGGUGGAGGGAGAGACGAUUUCCUGCGUCUUGGUGUGGCAGGAUUGGUCACAGAAACUGAACAUGCUGCUGCAUCCCUGGACCUGAAUGAAAUCAAUCACAUGCUCUGUGCAGACGGCAGCUCCAGUGCGAUGUCUCUUCAGUGUACUCCUGGUGUCUCGCCGAAUGGCCUGUCAUGUCGUCUUCCCACUCCAUCUCCCUCUCCGAAUCAGCAGCGACCAGAAUGUUCUCACUGUGAUGACGGCGAGAAGCGGUAGGCGAGCGGGUGGACGGUGCGGAGGUAGAAGAGUCCCGUCGCUCGACGAAUGUGCUGUCGAUGCGCUUCUUGUCGGCAGGAGAGAGACUGGAGGUGUGACCUGCGUCAAAUAGCGCUUCAAAGAAGAACUCUGACCCCUGGUCGAUACCAGCGGAUUUGACACCUACACAAGCCAUUCAUCGUCGUCACGGACAAUCUUACCCUUAACCACCACCACACCUUCAUCGUCGUCAAGGGUUACAAUUGGCUGCUUCUUACCCGUCCUGCCCUCUCUGUGUCGCUCCAUGAAGGCUUUGGCGAUGGAUAAGCCAAGGCCAGCCCCUCCCCCUCGCUGGAGAUCGGCGGGGCGUAGCUGUGAGUAUGGCUUAAAGAGCUUGCUGAGGUCACUUUGAGGGACGCCGGCACCGUCGUCUUGCGCCGAUAUUCGCAGCCGUGGGCCAACUCCUGGGCACCACUCAAGCAUCUGACACUGCACAAUGAGUGUUCAUAGCCAUCAGAUUGAUGGCGCUCUCAAGGCCAGCUACCUUCAUGGUCACGGUCUUGCCCGGCGGCGUGAACUUUCGAGCAUUGCUAAGGAAAUUGACAGCAACCUGAGAGCACCAGCGCAUCCGUGUCUUCUCAUUGCCUCCCUCCAUGUAUCUGUGCGUCUCUGCUGGCCUGUUCUAGCCUUGUUUCGUCUCCAACAAUUCCUCCAUCCCAGCGAUCAUCAAGCUUAGCGAGCAGUCCAGCGUCAAUCCGCAUAUAAAAGGCGAUAUUCAUCACUUCAAAAGACAGCCGGUGGGUGUCAUAAAUCAUCAGCAGCCAUCUGAAGAGAUUGAAAGGCCUUAGAUGGAACUCAAAUCGGCCCGCCUCCAGUUUCUCCAACGUGAGAGCGCUGAAUAUCGGAACAGACAAUAGAUGUGAGGUCAGAUACACAAAUGCCGUCUCAUCUUUUAUACAUGUGUACUCAUUUGUGAUGAGCGUCAUCCUGCCCAUCUGCUGCCCAAUUGUCGCCAGCAUUGUGUUAAGCCCUUCGAUCCAAGACACGAUGUCUUGUUUGCUGCCGUUCUCCACAUCGUCGUGGGUCCGUCCUUCUUUCGCAGAUCUGCUCACGGCAUCGUGCUGGCUCUCCCGUGAGGUAGUGCAGAAAGGCAGUUCCUCAGCUUUCAGCCGAGCGAUGCACUCGUGCAGAAUCAGGGACCCAGCAGUCAGCGGAUUUCGCACUGGAGAGGGAGAAAAGACAAAGCUUGUUUGUAUCAGCGUGCCUCGUUUCUUACGUUCGUGUAAGAUGUAGGAGACACAUGCGUGGUAAUUGGCUUCCGUCUCUUUCUGUUUCGUGUGGGCCCUGUAAAGCUCAAAGUCCCGCUGCUCGCCGAGAACGACGCCACAGAGCACCAGCAUGACGCAGAAAAACUGACCGGCGAUGCUUUCGUUCAUCCACCCAAUCAUGUCACCCGUCCAUGCGCGACGUGAAGAGAUACAUAGGUAGCGACCGAAAAGGGAUACGAGGAUGUCAGCAGUGCAGAAGAAUGCCGCAGACGGCAGCUGCACCCUCACGGCAGAGCAAGAGAGUGCCGAGUGUCGUUGUCUGCCUGCCUCUGUUUUUGAGACACGCUUACGUCGAGACGCACGAGAAAGCAUGCAACAGUCUUGAUGAGUAUGCUGCAGAUCCCCAGAGACGUCAGUGCCUGCUCGUCAAGCUCCAUUUGCACACAGAGCACCGUCGCAAGAGCGCUGACAAGCAGGAAGACCCCGACCACAAGGAAAUGAAGACACCGCACCAGCACAUCUUCGCUGACUCGAUAGCUCAGCCACAAUGACGCCCCCAGAAAAGGCACAGAUGGCAGGAGAUAGAAGCCCACGUCGGCAAACCAGCUGGGGAUGAAAGCCCCGGCAACGAGGGUGAGGAAACGCAUCACCAAAGGUAAGAGGACGAAGAGAUAGAGAACGCUUCGGGCGGCAGAGAUGUAGAUGGCUCUCGUUUGCUCCUCGCGCCACCGAAGGAAGGCGGGAUCACGCAACCUCUGCAGUGAUCCGAGGAACUUGAAGGUCUCAAUCAGGCCGUUCAUCCUUCGAUGAAGCUGCGUCUUAAAGCGGCCGAGGGAAUUCAUCGCAG